AUGCCUUCCCUUCCACCCAUUUCCAGUCUUCCCUCCCUGGACACUGAAGAGAGAGCCGAGGUGCUAGACACACUGUUCGAACCAUGUCAACAGCUCCACACACUGUCCGUGAGCCUGCUGCGAGAGAAGACCUUCUCCUCGUACGAUGAGCUCAUCAGCGCCGUGGGGAACCAAUUGCGAGAACUGUACAAUUCAGACCUGGAGAGCGACACGAAAUGGCUUGAUUCCAUCCUCGCCGCCCAUCCUCGGCUCGGCGAGAAGAAGGUCGACAGCGAGCAGAGCCGGAAGGAGCAAGCCCAAUUGAACCAGGGUGCGCCGGAGGAGGCGCAGAAGUUGGCCGAGCUGAAUAGGAAGUACGAGGAGGCGUUUCCGGGCUUGAGAUACGUGUAA